ACACACACACACACACACACACACACAGACACGUACACAGACACGUACACACGCACACACACACGCACACACACACGCACACACAGCCAGUCAGUCUACCCCAAGCCUUCCUUGCACACGCACAUAAGUAAGCAGGAGCAUGGGCGGCCUGGCGUGGGUGGAGCGUGUGGGCGUGGUGGUGGUGGUGGUGGUGUGCGCGGGCGUGUGCGUGGAAGCAAUCGCCAGGUACCCACUAGCAGAUCAGGCGGCAGUAGAUGUGGAGGAGUUGGUGGGGGAAGAGAGAGGAGGAGGAGGAGGAGGAGGAGGAGGAGGAGGAGAAGGAGGAGGAGAAGGAGGAGGAAUGGAGGGAAAACUAAGAAACUUGAAAAAUCGACUGGAUUCCUUCUACCCCGGCGGCGCGGGGUACCACGGGUGUUCCUGCGCAGACCUGGCGGCCCUGGCAGCGCAGAUCACCGUGUUUGAGCAGGAGGUGAAGAGCGUGGCCGUACUGGAGAAGAAACUGGAGCUGGUGGUGCGCGCCAUCAAGCAGCUGGGCGCCUGGGUCAAUGUUGGUGUGCGUGGUCCGCGUGGCCCUGAGGGCGAGGCGGGCACCCCAGGACCAGCGGGACCCAUGGGGGACACAGGGGACCCCGGGCCGGACACGGAGCACAACAGGACAGGGGUACCAGGCCCCCCAGGACACCCAGGCAGCCCAGGGCCACAGGGACUGAAGGGCCCCAAGGGGGACUGCAUCAAGGGCGCAAAGGGGACGCAGGGGAAGAAAGGCGACCCCGGGGUGGGCCCACGCGGCAGGAGGGGAUCACCGGGACCCCCUGGCGACGCUGGGGAGCCCGCCAAGGAAUUUGGGUCUUAACCUGGGAGUGCUGCCCAGGGGGAGCCUCACCUUGGCAGAAUUACCCCGGGGGAGUCUUACCCUGGAGGGAAAACUUACCCAUGUGAGCCAUACCCUGGGAACUUUUACCAGGGGCUGUUUACUAUUGGGAGAUGUACCCUGCUGAGUCUUAGAAGAGGCACAUUACCCUGUGGGAGUCUUAACAUUUAUCCUGGGUGAGUCUUAAGGUUUAUCCUGGGUGAGUCUUAAGAUUUAUCCUGGGUGACUCUUAAGAUUUAUCCUGGGUGAGUCUUAAGAUUUAUCCUGGGUGACUCUUAAGAUUUACCCUGUGGGAGUCUUACCUUGAGAAAAUUUAUCCUGGAAAAUUACCGUGGGAAAAGUUGUCCAAACGACUCACCCUGAGGAAGAGAUACCCUGGGGGAGAUUGACCUUGGAAUCUUGACUCUCUCUCUCUCUCUCUCUCUCUCUCUCUCUCUGCAUAUUGUUUUGUUUUUCCAUUUCUUCCUGAUAUUAAUUUUUAGUAUGUUGUAAUGCAUUAGGAGUACUUGUAUUAUUAUCAUUACCAUUAUUUUUUUUGUAAUGCCAUGUAAGUAAUCAUGUGUGCAUCUCGUGUGUACUUUUUUGCAUGUAAUUCAAAGCUAAUGUACGUUUUUUUUUCAUUUUUUUUUCAUUUUUUUUCUUACUUUGAUUUUUAUUUCUUCUUUUUCCGUCUUGUAAAAUUUUCAUAUGUACGUACAUCAGUUUGUUGCAGUAAAGUUUCCCUUCAUGCAAUGUG